AAAUUAAUUCGAAAAUAAUUAAUUUCUCAUAUUUAUUAAGCGGGUUUCUAUAUUUUUUUGUUCACGCUGAAAAACAUUUCAAAAUAAAAAAAGCUAAUAAAUCGUUCCAAAAAAAUGUAUUUCCUAUAUCUUCGAAUCUAAAAAAUGACGUCUUCUUCCGUUCAACAAUCGAUUGAAAUUCGUGUUAAUUGGAAUGAAAUUCCAACAAUUGAGCAAAAAAUUUUGGAGGCGCUGAAAGGAAUAAAAACUCGAAAUAUCCGAGAGACGAAUGUAGUUUUGUUCAAGAAAAAUGAGGAAAUUCAUGUGAGAAUCGAAUUGAAGCCAAUGGAAUUCCCUGACACAAAUCGUUGCAAAGCGGUUCAAGCGAACACCAUUCCGUUGGUUGGUGACCAUCGACUCGGAUGUACCGGAAUUCAGUAUCGACAGGAGAAGGCAGCGAAACGUGGAAAGAAGGCUCGCAUGUCGACCGGCGUUCAGACAGUCUCCACAAAGAAUCAAUGACCAAGAGUACUUCUUUUAUCCGGUUACGCGAUUGAUAAAGAGAUAUAAUAGGGGGAGGAAUAAAGAGAAAAGA